GCGCGGGGCUGCGGCCGCCGCCGAGCGCUCGGCGGGGAGGGCUCCGGAGCCGCGGCCCCCAUUAUGCUCAGCCAUGGCGUGGCUGCCGGGCGGGCUGGCCGAGCUGCGCUGGGGCGCGCUGGUCGCCCUGUUCGUGGCGGCGCUGGCCACGCUGGCCGUGUACCUGGUGCAGUACGCGCUGCUGGCGCUGCGGCGCCGCCGCCGCCGCCCGCCGCCGCCUCUCCCGGCUCCCGCCGCUCCCGGCCCGCGGGACGAGCUGCUGGACGAGGGCGGCUCGGUGCUGGCCUGGGCGCUGUCGCGGGGCAGCUGGAGGCGGCAGUGGCGGCGGGCCUGGGUGGCCGCGCUGCGGGCCGAGGCGGCGGAGCGGGCGGAUUCUCAGUUGCUCACGUUUGAGGAAGAUGACCAACCAGAACCACUUGAGCUGGCAGUUAAAGAAGUUAUUAGUGUUGUAAAGUCAGCUGAAGAGAAGGUGGUUUCUUGCAAUGUUGUGGGGGAUUCUGUCAGGUUUGUUGUCGCCGUCUCUGACCCUUCGCCCGCGGCUGCCGAACCUCAGUCCUACAGUGUGAAACUGUCUCCACUUCACUUGCAGCUCCAGCUCUCUGUGAAAGACAAAGGAGAAGAUGUCAAAGUUGAGUGGUUCCUCAUUAACACCAAUGAAAUCAACUUUGAAAUCCAGCCAGCAGUGCAGGAGGGACAGGCAGCAGGGACACGUGCAAUACCUGAAACGCUCAGAGAUGUCUUGAAGAACCUCUUUAGCUCAGCUUCUCCAUCUGUGGUGUUGAGUGUGAGGCCUGCAGAUACAAAGGAGGUCCAGAAUGUACAGAACACAAGCCUUCUCCCUCAGGGCACUAGUCCUCCCAAACCUCCAAGGGCUCAUGAACUCAAGCUGCUGGUGAAGAACAUCGCGGUAAACCCGCCCCAUCACCGUGCUGCAGGCAGCACAGACCUUGUGUGUAUAGUUCAGUUGAAUGACCCUAUGCAGAAGUUUUCCAGCUCUGUAGCCAAAAAUGCUGCACAUCCCUUUUGGAAGGAAGAGUUUAUCUUUGAACUAAGUGCCAAAUCAAAAGCAUUGCAACUGCAAAUAGUAGAAGAUGGAAAGAUGGAUAGUCCUUUAUCCGGGAAGGUGACUGUACCUCUGGACUUGUUCAGGAAACAACCCUCUGGCCAGCAAAGCUUUGCCCUGAACAGUGAGGGCAGCUCGGAGCCAGGGCCUGGGCUGGGAUCCAUCAGUGCAGAGUUCUCUUUUAUAGAACCCAAUGAACUGAAGACAAGGCAAGUCUCCUCCCCAGUGCUGGCCACCAAGAUAGAAAAGGAUCGCACUGUGAUGCCCUGUGGGACUGUGGUCACUACUGUCACUGCUGUGAGAACCAAACCUCGUCUGGAAGGGAGAGCAUCUCCCCUCAGCACAGAUUCUCCUGUGAAAACUCCAGUUAAAGUAAAGGUGACUGAAAAGGAUUUCUCUGUUGAAGCCCUCCAUUCUCAUGGUGCUCCAGUCAGCAAAACUUUGUCAUCUUCAGACACAGAGCUGCUGGUACUGAAUGGCACAGAUCCCGUGGCAGAAGCAGCCAUUCGGCAGCUGAGCGAGUCUGCAAAGCAGAAGCUGAAGUCUCCUAGAAAGAAAAGCACCAUUAUCAUAUCAGGGGUGUCCAAGACCUCUUUAUCUCAGGACAGUGAAGCUUCACUCAUGAUGGACUAUGCUGCAGCCAUGGACAGCUCCUGCAAAGAAGCAGAUCCACCCCCUGUGGAGGAAGCUGUUGCAAAAACCACCCCUGAUGAAAAGCUGUCACUGGGUCCCUCAGAAACAGUACCUGACACCGGCCCACAGCACAGCACCCAGAGGGCCUGGGGUUUGGAGAACGGCAGCCAACAGUGGGACACCAGCACCCUCUUAGACCAGACCUCUGAAGAAAUAUCUGGGAGCUCACUGAGCGUUUCAGAAAGUGGGAGCAUGAAAAAAUCCAAAGGUGGGAUUCUGAAAAAAAGCGCGAAGCUCUUUUUCCGCCGGCAGCACCAUCAGAAGGACCCAGGAAUGAGCCAGUCCCACAACGACCUCGUGUACCUGCAGCAGCCCCUGUCAGAGGAGAGCCGCAAGAAGGGAGGCACCCUGUCCCGGAUCCUGAGCAGGAAGCUGCUUUCCAGAAACAAAAGCAAGAGCAAACUGAACGGUGCUCCGGGAGAACCGUACAUAUAAGACCGGACCCUCUCUGCUGGGAUACUUGCACAUCAGUUGAGCAUUUGUUUACAGAGCAGUGCUAGAGAGUAUAAAUAUGGCUGGUGACUCGCAUAAAAGGAUGUUCACUAAUACAGUGGUCUUUUUUCGUUUGUUUUACCAAAACGCUUUUUCUCUCUGAUGAUGAAGUUGCUCCUCCAAAUGCAAGCAGUGCUACAUUAAUCGUGAAGGCUCUGGAGAACCAUGUGGUUUAUUGUGGAAGAUGAGGGAGGAUGGGGAAUGGUGCAGGUGGGGACCAAGAAGGCCACUGGUAUCCUGGAGUGCAUAAGGAAGAGUGCUGUGUCCAGUCUGGGCUCCUCAAGACAGGAGGGACAUGGAGCUCUUGGAGCAGGUCCACAGGAAGAUGCGAAGAUACUGAAGGGACUGGAGCAUCUCUCUGAUAAGAAAAGGCUGAGGGAGGUGGGGCUGUUCAGCCUCCAGAGCAGACACUGAGAGGAGACCUCCCCCAGGUCUGUAGGGGCUGCAGGGAGGGGGCAGAGGAUGGACCAGGCUCUGCUCGGGGGGGCCCAGCAAUGGCACAAGAGGAACGGGCAGGAACUGAUGCCGAGGAAGUUCCAGCUGGACAUGAGGAAGAACUUCUUUGCUGUGCAGUGACCCAGCACUGAACAGAUUGUCCAGAGAGGGUGUGGAGUCACCCUCACUGGGGAUAUUCCAGAACUGUCUGGACACAAUCCUGUGCCAUGUGCUCUGGGAUGACCCUGCUGGAGCAGGGAGGUUGGACCAGAACACCCACUGUGGUUCCUUCCAUCCUGACCCACUCUGUGAAGAGGACCCACAUGUGAGCACCUGGUUUACAUUAACGGGGAGCUCAGAACUGAAACAUUGUCCCUAGGUUAUGUGACUGAACCACUACAGAGAGAGAAGACACCACUGUGCUCCCUCACUGCAGCCUGCAACAGUAGCAAUGCAGGGCUCAACUGAUUUUUCUAGUCAGGCUGAAAGGGAAAAAAAAAAAAAAAAAGAGACCCAGAUCCAGUUUGUAUUGUAAUGUGGAAACGGGUAAGUUUUCAGAAGCAGAAGGAAAAUGCUGAUUCAGAUAUCCUACUGUAUUAACUGUAGCCUGCUGUAAUAACUGCUCGGUCCAUGUAGGUGGAGAGAUGCCUUUGAUAUUAGCCAUAAAUCAAUAAAUUAUGCAAAUAUCUGUACUAGCACAUUGUUUAAUGUUCUGUGCAGAAGUUAUGCUUAACAAAACAGAACUUUUUUUUUUUUUAAAGUCUACCUGAGUCUACUCGCAAACAACACAUUUACCGAGUCUUAUAUGUAGCUUUCCUUCCCUGUGUGAGAAGCUGCACUGCUGAUGCAAAAACCUGUCUUAGGGGCUCUAAUUCCUUCUCCCAAUACUUGUUAGACGAGUAUAUUAACCAUCAUAUCAAAUGCAAAGCUAGGAGCAAUAAGUGGUGAAUAGAGCAUAGUUAACCCUACAGUGCUUUUCAGUAGACAGCCUGUUUUACUUGCCAAACACUUACUGGGAUCUUAGAAAACACAGUUGUGAAGAAAGCUUUUGAAAAAAUAAUAACAAUUCCCUUAGUUCAGUUUCAGUUCCUAGGUCUGCCAGUGUUGUCAUGUGGUGAGUGGUUGGUCAGAUGAGUUUUUUAACCUUUUCUCCUUGUUAAAUAUUGCAGCUGGCUCCUUUAAAUUAAAAUGAAAAACUGCUGGAAGUAAAGGCAUGGUUCUUGUUUUGGCUAUCAAGAGUAAAAUGUCAGUCUUUCAUAGGUACCAUCUUUUGUGCUUACCUGUACUUUUCCAUGAUCUACAUUCCUGCUGAGGACAAAGGACCAAGCCUGUUCUCUUUGGCCAAGAAAAACAUCCAUUCAUUCCAUCUAAAUUACUGAAAUGAAUGGGUGAUAGAUUGGUGCCUACUUUGCCAAUAGUGAUUUUCCCCCUGGCCCCUUUCCUCCCCUUAAGCUAUCCCAACUCUUUGGCAGAUAUUUGGGCUUUCAAUUUAAACGAUUCAUCAAAAAUAGAAAGUCACUGAGGAACAGAAACAUUUCAAAACUUCUGAUGGACUCGAGAUUCUUUGGUAAAUACUUGUACAAUGAAUAUCAAAGUAGAGGGGGGUUGGUUUCUUUUCGACCAGGAAAAUAUUGGAGGAACUGUCAGAACUGUCAGAGUCUUUUAACUGUGUAAAAAAUACUGUUUAUGUGUAACCUCCAGAAAUCACUGUGGUAGUACAGCAGACCAGACUAUCAAAUAGUUGUAUGUUUAAGGAUGCUGCUUGUCAUGAAAACGCUUGAAGGCAUUUUAAUGUCCUGUAUUUUGAAAAUUGGUUACAAAUGAAUCUUCUAGAGCUGUAAUGUGCUUAGAAAUCCCAGUUCAGUACUACAGGCUUGUCCAGCUUGAAUGUGCUUGAACACUUUUGUUUAUUGUUAAUUUACUGCAGAGUUGGUUUCAUCAUUUGUUCUGCAGUGGUUUGUGGUAUGAGCAGUAAAACCCCUGAUGUCCUGUUCUCUAAACAUACAUCUUUUCCCCUGAUUUUACUUGGAGCUCUCUGCAUGACAGGGCAGGGUGGGGGUCAAGUCCCUGCCACGUUUAAAUGCUCGGUCUUGUUUGCUGAAGGAGAAAGCCACGACUGGUCUCUCAGUUGAAGAAAUCAAACUGAGCUCCAUGGGUAGCAACACCCUUACCCUAAAAACAAAGACCUGUGGAACUGGGAAAGAAGCAGUAACACUGCUUGAAGUCUUGCUGAAGUUACUGAACUGGGAUUUUCAUUCACAGAAGCUUUGGCUUGUACUGUAGAACGGGGUGGAAAUAACACCGAGUAACUUGCAGAAUACAGGAGUAGGGCUUGCUCCUAGCCUACCCCAAAGAAUAGAUACACACUGAAGAUGUGAUUUUUUUGGUUCCUCUUAAGGCCUUGGUGAUCACCUAAAUGCUUGUCUUGAUGGUGGGAACCAAGAACAUUCUAUACUACAAAGUGCGUGAAGGUCUGAGCUCGCGUGUAUGGAAAGACAAUGAAUUCUUAAGAAGAGGAAAGCAAGGCAUUUGGGGUAAAAAGGGAAUCUUGUUUUUUUUUACUUGCCUUCACUCCUCAGGAAAAUAAACAUCGUUUGGUUUGAUGAACUGGCUGGUUCUAUCUAUGUCUGGCUGGUGUGUUCCUCACCUCUUCCUACUCCCCAUAACUUAUGUCCUGUUGUAAAAACAAGCUGAGGUACUGAACACAAAGGGACAGUUGAGUUGCUCAGCCUUGACAACCCCAAAGGCCCAGAAUAUUGAAUCCCAUUCCCCCCUUCUGAGACAAUUAGGUUGUCAUUUAAGAUCAGGAGAUCUGAGGAUGUACAUUUUUGGGGUACUAAUAUUUAGGUCAGUGUGAGCUGGAUCCUGACAACCAGUGGUAUCUACACUGCUGGUUUGGGUCAGGAGGACUGGAUGUGUCAACUGGCACAACUAACACUGACAUAUCCUGCAUAUGUCCUGUGCAGUUGUGUGAAGGAUGCCAGAGGGAAUCACUUUGCUUUUUUAUGUUUUGCCAUCUUCAUGAUUUUGAUAACUAUGCAUUUGAAUAGUAGAUGAAAUCUCUACAGAAUAUUAUUACACUGAAGACUUCUUGUUUUCUGCCUUCCAGUUUAAUUGUGUCAGAACAAUAGCUUGGAAACAACCUGUGAAAAUACUUUUUCCUUUUUGUCCCUUUUCUCAUACUUUUGCAUUUCUGGAUGUUCUGUACAGCAAAGAAGGCAUGGUAUUUAUUUUAUGGGGACUAAGAGGUGAAGGCUGGCUUUUCCUUUCUGAAGAAUUUUUCUGCCCAUAGCUGAACCUUCUUAAUCAGUGUUUGUGGCUUGUUUUGCUUUAUGGUGUUUGAACUUUUCACUUGCCUCGAUGGAGACAGCUUACAUCCUUCCUAACCAAGAUUUGCCUUGGCUUUAGUGUGAAUUUUGACCAAGUAAAUAGGACAAGAAUUAAAUUUCUCUUUGUAGAUUAAAGCAAUAAAACUGCCUAAUAUCUCCAGGGUGGAUACAAGCCAGAUAACUUUUUAAAAGUGACUGAGAUCACUUUCAGAGUCACUUUGAAGAGAAGGGGGGGCGGGGCCUUCAUCCCUAGAUCAUUGCUAUUUCAUCCCAUUCACUCCAGGAAGAAAUGACAGUCAUUUCACUCCUAACAAUAUAUGAAAUUUGUGAAUCUGAGGUGGCAGGAAGGAAAAGGAAUGCCAGAAUGGAAAAAAGUUCAUUUUAAAAGCAAAUCACCUUUGGCAAACUUCUUCAGCUUAAUGGACAGGUCAUACACCGUGCAGGCAUAAAUACUGGGCUUUAUUCUUAUGCUGUCAGAUUUUCUUUUUUCUCUGCUCUUUCUUUGGGAGAGAGGUUGGGGCUCCAGGCCGUAUUUAGACCUGGUUACUGUCUUGCUCUUGAGAGGACUUGGCUCACAGCACUGCUUCUUUUGAGGAAAUUGCCUGACAAUGACACCAGUUUUGGGGAUCAGUGAAAUUUUACAGCCUUUCCUAGUGCUGCAUCUCCUCCCUGGUUCUAGGUGGUUUUCAAGUGAAAGCUUUCUGCUGUGUAGUUCUUGUAAAGUUCUGGUGUUCUUGAUGUGCAGAGUAUCAUAGGAAAAAGCAAAAGUCAACUACAUAAAAUGCUACCAAAUGUGGAUGGGGAAGCAAAAUAAGAAUUUUGCUCUUCUAUCACCUUUUUCAGCUCUGGUAGCUCUUGGUUACAAGGAGCAAGAGCUCUAUCCAAGGUAAGAGCUGCCUGGGUUUUUCACUUCAGUUUAUUGCAGGUUUUGAAUUGUAGAGCUGAAGUUUGAGACAAGUGCUUAUCCUGGUACAGAAUUAAGUAUGCCACAGCUCCAGGCUAAGACAUUCCUGCCGUGAGUGGGAACAGCUGACCUCAUGCUUUGACCUCCACAGGAUCUAAGUGGAUUUAUUCAUGUGUUUAAAGUCAGCAUAUGCUUCUGUACAUUGCUAAGCCACAGCCUUGGUGACAAACAACUCCAGAUUAAUUAUAUAACAAGGGUGAUUGCUUUAAGUUAAGGGUGAAUAAUACCACUUCACUCAGGAUAUCCAAACUGCUACUAUGCAAGGUGCUGGCAUGGUGUGAAAAUUACUGGGAAGGAUGGAUCUGGAGUCUUUCCAGUACUGUAACUCUGUAUUUUCCAAUAGUGUAUUCUGCUUUGAUAUUCCAGGGGAGGUAAAACAUUUUUUUCUAGCAUCAGGUUGUGACGGUCACUUCUUCUGUGGUGUUUGUUUCUUUUUUUUCUUUGUGUCCAUGAAUUUAAGUUGGUGCAAUUAAGAAAUAUACAAUGUACAGAUUUAUUAUAUCAUUAAAAAAAAACUGAGAAGAGGACUUUUUUAAAGAAGUAGCUGCUGCUGUACAUACAAUAAAAGCCUAUUGUCUCUGU